AUGAAAAUGAUGCAAAGUGCGGCUGUGUUGCCCAGCGAGAGCGCGGUGAAGGGUUUGCCGGACAUUCUCGGAGUGCCACUGCAACAGAUUCCCCAGUGUGCAGGCUGCAGUCAACACAUCCUCGAUAAGUUUAUUUUGAAGGUGUUGGAUCGUCAGUGGCACUCGAAGUGUCUCAAGUGCGCGGACUGUCACGCGCUCCUGACAGACAAGUGUUUCUCGCGCGCGGGAAAUGUCUACUGCAAAGAGGAUUUCUUCAAGCGUUUCGGGACAAAAUGUGCAUCAUGCCAGCAGGGGAUCCCACCCACACAGGUUGUUCGGAAAGCUCAAGACUUUGUGUACCACCUCCACUGCUUUGCCUGUGUAAUGUGCAGCAGACAACUUGCCACUGGAGAUGAGUUCUACCUCAUGGAGGACGGGAGGCUCGUGUGUAAGGAGGACUAUGAAACAGCCAAACAAAACGAUGAUUCUGAGACAGGAGCAAAACGUCCACGGACCACCAUCACAGCCAAACAGCUGGACACGCUCAAAAGUGCUUACAAAAAUUCACCGAAGCCAGCACGACAUGUGCGCGAGCAGCUUUCAUCAGAAACGGGUUUGGACAUGAGAGUGGUGCAGGUGUGGUUUCAAAACAGAAGAGCGAAAGAGAAACGUCUAAAGAAGGAUGCUGGGCGACACCGCUGGGGCCAGUUCUACAAAAGUGUCAAACGUAGUCGAGGGUCUAGUAAGACGGAGAAAGAGAGUUCAGCAGAUGACGCAGGACUUAGCGAUAGUGAGCUUAGUUUCAGAGAAGACCAGAUCCUGUCAGACCUGGGCCAUGCAAAUGGCUUGUAUGGAAGCAUAGGAGACAUCACAAAUGGCAACAUGCUCAACGGGAGCUAUUCCCUGGAGGGGGGUGGACAGCCUUACCACGACCUGCGGGCAGGAAGUCCCUACGGCCUGCCACAGUCCCCCUCAUCCAUCACAUCCCUACCAGGCCACACCCCUCUGCUCAACAACUUAGGCUUCAACAUGGACAGCAUAAUGGGUCAGGGCGGUCAGCCUAAUGUAGGUCAAGCUCUGAGAGCUAUGGCCGGGGCACCCACCUCUGACCUUUCAACAGGCAGUAGCACGGGCUACCCAGACUUCCCCAACAGCCCGGCUUCAUGGCUUGACGAAAUGGACCACUCCCAGUUCUGA